CAGAGAAGUCAAUCGUUCAGCCCUUACUCCCUCUAUGCAUAUCCUUUGCGCUGUCUGUUCAGCUGUGCCGGCGAAUGACGCACUCGAAGAUCCAGCCAUGGUGGCAAGCAGCCUCUCAGACGCUGAGACGGAGUUCAGGUACAUAAAUCUCAGGGAACUGAAGUUGAGUGUGAAUGCAUGUUUGCGCUCAAUGCUGGGAUGCUAUUUCUCCUUGCGCUUAUAGAAAAUGUUUGCCUGCUUCGUCACUGAAUUGCCACUCAAUGCAAUUCCUCAUAAAUACUUCUCCGGCCGCAUUUCCUCUCCGCUUCCAAUACUCACCAACAGAGCCAUUGUACAGUGUUCGUCUUCGGUGCUACUCAUCACAUCUCCCUCGGUCGCAUUGAAACACACCUUAACAAGACAGCCUCUGCAUUCCCGGUCUAAGAUGUCCAAUCCAGUCCUCAAUUCAGACAAUAUCUCCCGCAUCACAGCCGCUGAGAAAGAGAUCACUGGCUCGGACAACGUCGCCAAGGGUGGUCCUACAGCUCAAGCUCAAUCCCAUGCUGGCGAGACCAUCAACUCCCAGACUCUGCACGACAUCACCGAGGGCGAGAAGAGAGUUACGAGCGGCGAACGGAUUAAAGGUGGCCCCACCGCUACGGCUCAAAGCAUCCUCGCCCGGGAACGCAAUGGAACCUCUCCGGCCUCCGCCAACGAGCAAAGCCCAACGGGGGCGCUCGACAGCAAUACCAUCUCCAAGAUUACUGCGGCUGAGAGAGACAUCACUGGUUCCGCCAACCCGGUACGAGGCGGUCCCACUGCUCAAGCUCAGAAGCGCGCCAAUGAGCCUAUCAAUCACGACACCCUCCACGACAUCACAGAGGGAGAGAAGAAGGUCACCGGGGAACAACGCCCAGUUGCUGGUGGACCUACUGCUACCGCUCAGAGCGAGUUGGCGAAUAGCCGGUCGUGAGUGCCCGGAUCUUAAAGCCAAUGGAUCUGUCACUACCUCGUCAGAGGGAUAAAAGGCAUCAGAAGGGGCACAGAUGGAUCAUUGAGCAGUGGUAGAGAGUAUACGAUUACAACGAAGAUCAUGGUCAAACCUCCUCGAAAAUGAGGUCUUGAGACAAAAGUCCUGCCAUCAGCAUGCAAUGUGUUACAUGAGCAUUGCAUAAUAUCGUAUCAUAGUGUUGAAAAGAGAAUUUUAUUGAGUGGCAUCGUUGUGGAAGAAGUACACAUGCCACA